AUGGCUGAUGCGCUCAUUUCCGUGCUGCUAGAACGGUUGGCCUCGACAACCUAUGAAUACAUGGAAGGAAGGGUGAAACUUGUUUUGAACGCUGAGGAAGAUGUUGGGAAAUUCACUCGGACUCUCCGAGUUAUUCAAGCUGUGCUUGAGGAUGCAGAGCAACGCCAAGUGACGGAUCAAGCUGUCAAAAUCUGGUUGGAUGAGCUGAAAGAUAUAUCCUACCAGAUGGUGGAUGUGCUGGAUGAGUGGAACACAAACAUUCUCAAACAACAAGUUGAGAAGCAAGAAAGAGAAGGUGAUCCAAAUGCUCUUGUUACAAAGAAGAAGGUACGUUUCUCUAGUUUCUCCCGUUACUUUUGUCUUGGCAAAGUCAGUAGGGUGAUUCUUCGCCAUGACAUUGCUCUGAAAAUAAAAGAUCUGAAUGAUAAGUUAACUGAGAUUUAUGAGGAAAGAAAAAAGUACCAGUUUCUAAGCAAAGAAUUAGGCAUUCAACAACCUCAACAACCUCAACGACCUCAAACUGCAUCUUUUGUCGAUAUAUCUGAGAUAUUUGGUCGAGAAAAUGAAAAAAAGGUUUUGAUAACAAACUUGUUGAGUGAUAGUAGUGCGGAAGGGAAGGGGCUCCUUAUCAUCCCUAUUGUCGGGAUGGGAGGCAUGGGAAAAACAACUUUAACCCAACUAGCCUAUAAUGAUGACCGAGUCAAAACCCAUUUUGAUUUGAGGAAAUGGGUUUGUGUUUCAGACCCUUUUGAUGAGAUUAAGAUUGCCAAAGCCAUUAUUGGUCAAAACGCCCCAAAUUCAAAUGAGUUGGAUGAGGUCUUGCAAUGUAUGUCUACAUCCAUCCAGGGCAAAAGGUUUCUCCUUGUCCUGGAUGAUGUAUGGACCGAUGAUCCUAAAAAGUGGGAACAACUAAAGGUGCCAUUCCAAAAUGGUGCUAAAGGCAACAGAAUAUUGGUGACCACAAGAAAACAUGAGGUUGCUAAAAUGAUGAAAGCAAGCAACGUGAUCAAUCUGAGAGAGUUGAAUGAUGAAUGUUGUUUGUCAAUCUUCAAUCACAUGGCCUUUUCGGAUAGGGAUGUACAUGAGUUUGGAGAUAUUAGUAAGGAAAUUGUAAAGAAGUGUAAAGGUUUGCCUCUUGCUGCAAAGACUUUGGGUAGUCUCAUGCAGAAUAAGACAAAAAUGGGAGAAUGGAAAGAAGUUUUGAAUAGUCAGAUAUGGAAUCUAGAGAAGGUCGAGCAAGAAGUUUUCCAACCCCUAUUCCUAAGUUAUAAUGAUUUGGCCCCAACAAUUAAAUGUUGCCUUUUAUAUUGUGCUACUUUUCCAAAAGAUUACAAGUUUAAACGAGAUGAUUUGAUUAAACUUUGGAUGGCACAAGACUAUGUUAUUUCGAAAGGGAAUAAAGAAAAGGGAACAACAGGUGAUGCAGUUUUUGACAACUUAGUGGCACGGUCAUUUUUCCAAGAUUUUGAGAUAGAUCUUGACACCAGUACCAUUACAGGUUGCAAAAUGCAUGAUAUUGUGCAUGACUUUGUACAAUUUCUCACCAAGAAUGAGUGUUUGAUUAUCGAUCAUGGUGAGGAAACUACCAGCGAAUCAAAGGUAUUUGGUGAUAAAGUUCGUCAUUUGACCUUGAGAUAUGUUCCUGAAGGUCCACUUCCACUUUUUAUCUCAUCUUACGAUUGCAAAAAUCUCCGCACGCUCGCAACUUUUGAUUCAAGAAUUACUACCAUAGACCCAAAUUUAAUUUUACAAUUGAAAUGUCUUAGGACAUUAAAUUUGAGUCUUAAUCCCAUCAAAGAACUCCCGAAGGAGAUUGGUGAAUUGAUACAUUUGAGGCAUAUUGAUUUGUCUUUCAAUCAUAUACUGAAGAAAUUACCAGACACUAUUUGUGGUUUGUACAAUUUGUCAACCUUGCGCCUUGUGUGCUGCUCUAACCUUACAAAACUGCCUGAAAACAUGGGAAACUUGAUUAACUUAAAGCAUCUUUAUGUUGACGGUUGUGGUCUUCUGAAGUCGUUCCCCAAAGUGAUAGGGAGAUUAACAAGUUUGCAAACACUAGAUGUGUGUUCAUGUGGUGGCGACAAAGAUGAAGAAUUCCAAAUUGGGGAUCUGAGAAACUUGAACCUUGAGGGAAGUCUGAAAAUACAACUUCGGGGUGAUGCGACAGAUAAGAGCGAGGUUGAGAAAGCACAAUUGUUGGACAAAAAGCUAUUUAAUCUCACUGUUGAUUUUGCAGGGCAGACGAACAGUGCAGAAAUACUGAAUGCCUUACGACCGCACCCAGAUUUGGAAUCUUUAAGGAUUUGGAGUUAUAAUGGCACCAUGUGGCCCAAUUGGAUUCAGUCUUUGCACAAUUUGAGAUUCCUUACUGUUCGUUGGGGGACACCGUGUGAACUUUGGCCUCUUGGGAAAUUGGAAUGCCUUGAAAGACUGGUCCUAUACAGUAUGGAAGGAGUGAAAAAGGUCGGUGUUGAAUUUUUGGGAUUAGAAGAUCAAACCUCAUUCAGAAUCAGAUCACCCCAAAUAUUAUUCCCAAAAUUGAAACAACUCCACUUUUACAACAUGUCGAAUUGGGAAGAGUGGGAAGGCGUGGAAGAGUGGACCAAAGAAGAUUCUGAAAUUACAAUCAUGCCAUGCCUUUCUGAGUUAAGAAUUGGCGGCUGCGAAUUGCUAAAGGCACUGCCAGACUUCAUCUUCAAAACACCACUGCAGACUCUUGGCAUCAUCAGAUGUCGGAGACUUGCAGAGCAUUACGAAGAAGGCAAUGGAGAGUGGGCUAAGAUUUCUGCUAACAUCCGCAUUUACUCCCGGUAA